AACGAGGAAAAAGCAGAAAACCAAAAGGAAAGGAGUGACGUGUUGUACCAGGACAGAUUUCCAGCUCUCGUUCUGCACGCGACAGAUUCAUCCUCUCAGCUCCAUUGAAAUCUUUUAACUGGUUCGUCGAAUUUCCAGUCUUUUUCUCGCGUACCCACUAGCAGAUUCUCGGAAUCCUGCAGUGGGUACCUCUCGUUUUCUCCAAAAGGUUCGCGCGUUCUUCGUUUCGUUGCUGCAAAAGAACCAAAGAAACCGAAAGUCUUGAUUUUUUUCUUUGGUUAACGUCGGGCAUGGCUUUGUCUGGGGUGGGUUCGUCCGUGGUUGAGUCCCACACAUCUCCAUGCCUCUGUUUGGUGGAUUCGAAUUCGAUGGCGAGAAAGCAAUUUUCUCGGGUGAGUUCGUUGGGGAGUUCGUUUCUUGAUUCGUGGCACGACCGGCGAGCGGAGGCCAGAGCGCUCUCGACGAGGGCUCUGAGACGGAGUUCCUCGAGGAAGCGACAGCACAAGGAAGGAGGAGGGCUUGUUGUUGUCAGUGAGCUGGGUGGUCAGUAUGAAGACAGUUUUGAGGAUGUUAAAACCCAAGUGCUCAACUAUUUCACAUACAAAGCGGUGAGGACGGUUCUUACCCAGCUUUACGAGAUGAACCCAACACACUAUAGGUGGUUUUAUGAUUUCGUCGCGGACAACAAGCCUGGAGAGGGAAAGCGUUUCAUACGAAGCCUUGCUAAGGAGAGACAGGACCUUGCUGAAAGAGUGAUGGUAACGCGUCUUCACCUAUACGCAAAAUGGAUCAAGAAAUGUGAUCAUGCCAAAAUAUACAAAGAAAUCUCCGACGAGAACUUGGAGCUGAUGCGCGAACGGCUCAUCGAGACCGUGAUAUGGCCUGGAGAUGAUACCAAUACCGAGAAGAUCGGAUGAUCAGUUGCCCCAUUUGGCUAAUAAAUCCGCAACCUUUUGAUCCCUGUUUCAACGCUACCUUUCCCGAUUCAAGUUUCUCCAUGCCCACAAGACCAGGCAAACCUGAUUUCGUUCUCCAUCUAUGAACAUCCAAUUUGUUGCCUGUAAAGUUGUAUAUAUUGGAACACCAGCAACGAUCUAGCUUAGUGAAGAACCGUGGCUUCUUUAUUAGUUUUGCCGAAUGAAUCCAGUCCAUCGAUCAUUUUUUUUUCGUUAGAAUUGACAAUGACAGUGCAGUGGCCGGCCUAGAAUUAAAUUGUUCUUUCCUGUAUUCACAUAGACCGGUGGAUAUCGAGGCCUGCUCAGGUGUAUGAGUUAUGCUGCUGCGCACGGUCUCCUAAAUUGUUAAAGGGGUGGAUUGCUAGCUA